AUGUCCCUGACCAUCAAAUCACUCAACGGUGACACGUCCUUCCUACUCAUAUUCAACCCUCCAGUGGCUCCACUCUCGUCCCCAGGUUGUUUCCCCGGGUCGUUCUCCAUCCUGGUCGAUCCAUGGAUCGUUGGGCCUUCAAUCAUCCUCAACUCCAUCUUCUCGCACUCGGAGCAGAAGAGCCAGCCAUGUAUCUCGUCUCUCAAGGAACUUGACCUCGAGCCAGAUGUGAUCCUCAUCUCGCAGCACAAACCGGAUCAUUGUCACGAGGAGACACUGCGUCAAUUGCCAUCUGACUGCGAGUCUACUAUACUCGCCACUCCAGCAGCUGUUAAGAAGAUCAAUUCAUGGAACCACUUCCGUCCAGAGUUUGUCCAAGCGUUACCCAAGUACACAGAGGGCGAUGACAGAUCCAUAUAUCGCAUCGUUCUACCACCGCCGACGCCUCGAGGGACCUGUGGAGAGGUCACCCUAUCAUGGCUUCCAGCGAAGCGUGACGUUACAGCCUUGCACCAUGCGAUUGGCAUUACUUAUCGUCCACCAUGUACUCCACUGUCGAUGCGCAGUCCAGGGCACUAUAUCGAUCUGCCCAUGAGCCCGCCUGCAACUCCAAGGACUCCGAUGUCUCCCAUGACAAUUUGCCCUUCACCGUACAACGAUCGCGAAAAGACCCUGUCUGUCAUCUAUUCGCCUCAUGGAGUUUCGUACGAGACUAUCCGGCCAUACGCUUCAUCUCACCUCGUACGGGAAUCAGCCCUGCCUCUCACAGCACUAAUGCAUUCUUUUGACUGCGUGGAGAAUCCAUGGUGGCUGGGCGGAAACAUCUCGACUGGCUCGCCCGGUGGAUUACAGAUUGCGAAAAGUCUCUACGCCAAAGCUUGGAUAUCGGCGCACGACGCUGAUAAAGACAAUCGAGGGUGGGCGGUGAAACAAACACGCAUCGGCCAGUUCGCUGUUGACGAGGUGAAGAGGAUGCUAGAGGAAGGCCAGGAUAACGAGCGGCGAAAACCUACUCGUACGGACGUGGUCAGUCUUGCCUCUGGCGAACAUCAUCGCAUCGAUUGUGGAUGA